AGGGGUUAAUCUGCAGAGCACAGAGCCAUCUGGCUGAGCUGGUUUGUUAUAAUCGAGCAGAUUAUGUUCACGGGACUCAGAGUUUAAGGCUCCUCUCCCAUAGAGCAACUCUGCACAACCCAAGCAGACCAACUUUGGGACUUUGAAUGAACAUAUUUACAUCCACCUUUCUCUUCAUGUCGACUUUUCUGGAAACAUUCACACGGAUGCCAUGGUUACUCCUACCACGCUGUACCCCUUAAUGCUCUCAGACUACUCAAUGACACAACUGAAGAGUGGUAGGUCACCAGACACUAAUCCAGCCUUCUCAGUCGUAAUUUACCAGGUUCCUGUUUUAUGGCUUAUCUCCAGUUUUCAGGCCAGAUCUUACAGGUGAACAAGGUGAUGUCCAUCUUGUUUUAUGUGAUAUUUCUCACAUAUCUUCGUGGCAUCCAGUCUACCAACAUGGAUCAAAGGAGUUUGCCAGAAGAUUCAAUAAAUUCUCUUAUUAUUAAACUCAUUCAAGCAGACAUUUUGAAAAACAAGCUUUCUAAGCAGAUGGUAGAUAUUAAGGAAAACUAUCAAAACACAGUGCAGAGAGCAGACACUCAGCAAGACAUGGAUGGAGAUGAAAAUGUGAAAUCAGACUUCCAGCCAGUUAUCUCAAUGGAUACAGACCUCUUAAGGCAGCAGAGACGCUACAACUCUCCCCGAGUCCUCUUGAGUGACAACACGCCACUGGAACCACCGCCACUGUACCUCAUGGAGGAUUAUAUUGGAAAUUCAGUAGUGGUGAACAGAACCUCCCGGCGGAAAAGGUAUGCGGAGCACAAGAGCCACCGAGGGGAAUAUUCUGUUUGUGACAGUGAAAGUUUAUGGGUCACAGACAAAUCGUCUGCGAUUGACAUUAGAGGACACCAGGUAACUGUGCUGGGAGAAAUUAAAACAGGCAACUCUCCAGUUAAGCAAUACUUCUAUGAAACGAGGUGUAAAGAAGCCAAGCCUGUAAAAAAUGGCUGCCGCGGCAUUGAUGACAAGCACUGGAACUCCCAAUGCAAGACAUCCCAAACUUAUGUUAGAGCACUGACUUCAGAAAACAAUAAACUAGUAGGCUGGAGAUGGAUAAGAAUAGACACCUCCUGCGUGUGUGCGUUGUCAAGGAAAAUAGGAAGAACAUAAAUCUGCAUCUCUUUGCUAUAUAAAUUAUUACUUUAAAUUAUAUGAUAUGCAUGUAGCAUAUAAAUGUUUAUAUUGUUUUAUAUAUUAUAAGUUGACCUUAUUUAUUAAACAUCAGCAAAUCUACAGUAUAUAAGCUUUCUCUCUCAAUAAACAAGAGCAAAAGGUGUGUGCCUGUGCUGUGGGCAACUCCAGGGUUUUUUUUAGACUAUGUUUGUGACACUGCUUGUCGGCAGCAUACCGUAACCUUACUGUAAAAUCUGUGUAAAAUCAGUAUUUUCCAUUCAGUAUUGUCAAGCCAGUGACUGUCGUUUAGUAAACUUGUUAAAAAUCA